CAGAGCAUUCAGUUUUGUUUAAAAGCGGCCGCAUAUCAAUUGUUCAAGUCAGUAUCAGCAGUUGCACCGAUCGAUAAGCAUUACAGCAGCUUACAAAAACAGCAGCUCCAGUGUAAGCAGCAGCAGCAUCCAACAGCGGUGGAAGUGCAUUCUCAGCCUAUCAGUGCGUGUGUCACCAGUUCGAGUGUGUGUGGAAUUAGAGAACCCAGCAAAAAGAACCAAACCAAAGCAGCCAGAAUGUACAGCAGUAGCACCAUGUUGAAGUAUGUGACGCUUGCCUCGGUCAUCGCGACGGCCCUCUGCGCCAGUGCCGGUGUUCGCGGUGCGUCCCGGCAGGAACCGAGCGGCGGCGAGCUGGGCGUACUGCAGAAGGUGUACGAUGACUGCCAGGACAAGCAGGACUUCACCGGCUGCCUGAAGGGCAAGGCCCUGACCGCCAUCUCCCGUGCUAUUGAUAUGGAAUCCAUCCCACUGCUCGAUGGAAUCGCGCUGGUGAAGCAGGACAAGGCCGAAAACGUGACCGUCCCGCUGCUGAACGAUGCCCGUUCGAUGAGCGGCCUGACCACCGUCGACCGCACUCUGCUGGACAAGGUGGAGCAGUUCCUGCGCACCCACGUCGUCCGCUUCGAUAUGCGCCAGCAGUCGGAGGCGGCCCGCGGCAACAAGCAGAACAAGCACCACCGCUACCUGAUCGCCGCCUUCCUGACCGCGAUGGGCAUCGCUGGCCCGAUCGGUCUGAAGGCGCUCGCUGCCAUCGCCGGUAAGGCGCUCGUCAUCUCGAAGGUUGCGCUCACCAUUGCCGGCAUUCUGGCGCUGAAGAAAAUCUUCGCCCACGAUCACCACGAGGAGACGAGCUUCCAGGUGCACGCAUCCGGACACGAUAACCGACGAACUGCCUACGUGAUGCGCCCCUCGAAGGUCGCCGCCCCGGCCAGCGUUGAUCCUUACCGGUACUACUACGAGCAGCAGCAGCAGCAGCCCCAGCAGCAGUACGCUGCCCAGAUGUAAGCUUUCGGUGCCACAACAACUGCUCCACUCACCAGACAACGAAACGGCUGAGUUUCGAGACAACGAACACAUAUGACCGACGAAAACGAACGAUCGUCCCGAUCGGCGGUAGGAACACACCAAGCGGACCUGCAGAACUUCUAGAAUAACUCUUCACAAAUUUCAUCCGAAUUUGUGACAGCUCCAGAAAGCCUAGGGUCCUCUUGUAACUCCUCCGCAGCCUGUCGCAGCGACGAUUGUACCAUGUAAUAUUUAUUUUAAUUUAUUCGCUAAUCUUAAAAUCAAUAUUUGUUUCGUCCCCUCAUCUCCCCCACGAACAGUAGAAAAAAUACGAAAAUUAAAACUGUUAAACAGUCAUAUUUAAAAACAAAGAGAUCAUGUUUUUGAUUAGUUAUUUGAGUUUGUUUCCAUUUGGAAAGCGAUUACACAUCGCACUCCAAUAUACAGCAACCUAGCCAAAGCCAAUGUGUAGGACGCGAGGUAGGGAGGGUACACGCGAACCACCGGAGCAUCGUCUCCAGCCUUCGCUUAUACCCCUCCCUCCUACAGCAAGAGAGUCAUCGUAUGUUACGAUACAGGGAAGGAAGAAGAAAACAAAACGUAAUUCGAACGCGGGAACCGAAAUUCGGUGGCACUCAGUAGCAAACUCUAUUUCGUCCAAGGUCCCGAAAUAUGUGCGAUGGAUGCCUUUGCAAGAGGGUAGCGCAUAAAAAUUGAACAAUAAACGUAUGAAAUGUCUUAAGCAAAUGUAAAAAAAAAACAAGCGCUUCUGAGUGUUACUGAUUCAAUGUUGCCUAUCCGAAUCAAAAAUGAAUCGAGCGAGUGGUAAGCAAAACCAAACGAGUUUUAUCGACAAUUUAACUAACCAAACAUGUGUUUGUUUCUUUGCAGAUUACAUCCAUGACGAGAUGGGCAAGAGAGACGACUCUGCUGAUAAAAGGUAUUGGAGAGAAGAAUACUCGCUCUUGCUCAGUGUAUUGAAUCGGAAUAGAAGAGCGUGCUAUUUGAUUCUUUAACUCAUUCUUGUAUGAUUCGCACACUCAGCACUGCACAGCUCCUUAAAUUCUUCUUUUUGUGAUUCAAUUCACUCCCUGCUCUGACUCAACUCACUCUUUUGAGAUUCAAAUCACUCAAUCUCUGCAC